UAGUUUAAAGAAAAAUCUGAAGCAUUUAUUAUAUAUAUUAUGAUAUGGUUAAGUUAUAUGUUAAAGCUAAAGAAAGAUAGGAAAAUCAAAAAGCUAAAUGAAUUUUAUGAAGCGCAUAUAAAGAAUAACAGUCAUUAUACUAAUUGUAAAAAAAUAAUAAUAAUUAUGAUGAUUGUAGUAAUUGUAAAAAAUAAAACGGGAUAUAAUAAUUUUAAGGAGUUUAUAAAAGGAAACGAAUGUUUUAUGAGUAUUAAUAUUACAGACAUGUCUAAAUUUUAUGGUGCAUUUAAAUAAUUAUGUAACAUGUAUAAUGAAAUUGAUGCAAACAAACCAACAUGCAAGAAAUAUUUAGAAAAAGCUAAGGAAUUUGUUGCAAAAUAUAAUGAACUUAAUAACGUUUCUGAUAUUACUGAAGAUAGUCCAUAUUAUAAAUUAUUGUCUAGAUUAUCAAAUGAUUAUAAUAAUUUUAAAAAUUAUUGUAAUAUAAAGUUGUGUAGUGAUAUUCCAUCCAUUUCACCGAUAAACACAAUACAAAAUCCUGCACAAAGUUCUGAACCGAGUUCUAACAUCACAUUAUCAGGGUCAGCACUAGUAAAUAAAUUAAUUAUAGUUUUAUCGAUAUUAGUUGCAAUACCAAUUUGUUUGGGAAUUUCUUAUAAGUAUUCGUUAUUUGGAUUUCGAAAAAAAUGUAAAAAAAUAAAGAAGAAAAUUAAUAUAAGACUCGAAGAGUAA